GUGGCACCCACGCUAGCAACGAUGGGCUGUUGAUGCUGAUCCAGUGUCGCGUGGCUGGCAGGUUCGCUGUCUGGAAUGGGGAGGGAGGAGAACGGCGCGUGAGGGUCGCCUGGCUUCCCUCCUCCCUCCCUCUUCCUCGGAGUGCGCGUGCGCGUCCCGUGUCCACCGGUACGGCACCAUCCUUUCCACGAGGGCGCUCGCCGGGAGGAGCUGCUGCAGCGGCAUCGAUCCAACUCCGCCCAGACUGGGCAAGAAGAGCCCUACGUCGCAAUUUGUUGGGGUUUCCUUUCCGUUCGGAUACGGAGAAGGAGCAGGGCGGCGAGGAGGGCUGUUGCGGGUGGGAGAGGAUUAGCAACAGCUGCCCGCCUUGGGGUGGGGAGAUCCUUAUUGCUUGCUUGACUGAUGUUGCAGGUGCUGCACGUAGAGUAGAGAGAGCAACUGUCUCCAAUUCUGUGCAGAUUCCCCAAUCCUUCACACCAUGCAAGUGGCUGAGGAUGCCUGCACCCAUUUGGAGGAUGAACUGCUCUUCUGUGAAGACUGUCGUCUUUAUUUCCGUGACUCCUGCCCACAACAUGGACCCCCCACCUUUGUAGUUGAUACUCCUGUUCCAGAAAGAGCUCCAUCACGGGCACUGCUGUCCCUGCCUGAGGGACUUCUGGUCAAGGAGCGUUCCCAAGGAGGCCUUGGAGUAUGGAGUGCAGUCCCAGCCCUACCUCGUGGCUGCAUCUUUGGGCCCUAUGAGGGGGAGGUGGCCCGAGAACAUCCUGACUGCACCCGUUAUUCUUGGGCGGUUCGGAACAAAGGGUCCUAUUUUUUCAUUGAUGCUUCUGAUGAUUCCAAAUCCAACUGGAUGAGAUAUGUGGCAUGUGCCUCCACUGAGGAUGAGCAGAACCUAACUGUAUUCCAAUACCGAGGUUACAUAUAUUACCGGGUCUGCCAAAUUAUACCUGCUGACACAGAGCUGCUGGUCUGGAUCGGAGAGGAAUAUGCUCGCACUCUAGGACUGCAUUUGGGUGAGCAUUUCAAAUAUGAAUUUGGCGAGAAAGAAUUACUGAUGAAACUCUUCCAAGAGCUGCAUGUCAAGACUCAGUCACCACCUCCAGGUCCCCAUGCUCCUUCUUCUCGAACCCAGUAUCUGUGUGGAGAUGCCACUGCCUCAUCUUUCCUGCCCCUCUACAAGCCAGGCCUUCCUGUAGGAGAAAGUACAUUUCCCCUGCUGGAAGGGACACAAAAUCUGGUGGGUUUGGGCCGGGCUCAAAGCCGCUACUGGACUUUUUUUGGCUUCCAGGGGGAUGCCUAUGGACGCAUCCUCGACAAGAGCAAGAUCAUCUGCAAGCUUUGUGGAGUACGGUUGAGCUACAGCGGAAACACCACCAACUUACGCCAACAUCUCAUCUACAAGCACCGUUGUGAGUACAACCAGCUUGUUGGGACGCAGGUGGCCACCCUCGACAAAGGAAUGCCUGGUACAGGCGAGUUUGGAACUCCCCGGCCUCCAGUCCCUGGCCGGACGACACGGGCAGUGGCUGACUUUAUCGUCUUGGACCUGAUGCCAGUGGAGGUGGUAGAAGGUGAGGGGUUUGGGCAGAUGCUAGCGGUCCUGGACCCCAACUACAAACCCCCUGAAGCUGCUGCCCUCGCCCACACAGUGCUGAAGGAUAUGUAUACCCAGGUGAAAGGGAAAAUCUGGGAACUGGUCCGGGCCCUGCCUCAGUGUUCCCUUAGUCUGGAUGUAUGGCACCACAGCAGCACUCUGACCUACCUCACACUCACUGUGCAUUAUGUGGAUGACUGCUUUGAACCCCGGGCCAGGGUCCUUUCAAGCCACCCUAUUCCUGAGAACCCCAGCACUGAAAGCCUGGUGGAGACUCUGACUGAGGCCACCAAAGAGUGGGGAGUACACGAGAGCACUUUGUACACUGUGGGAGGCCUUGGCUCAGCUGUCCAGCAAGCAGCUGUAGCCCUGGGGUGGACAGCCCUGCCUUGCAUUGGGCAGGCCUUGCGGGCAGCGAUGGAAGCAGUGCUGGGCCAACCUGUGGCCCAAAGUGCCCUGGAGCACCUCCGUCGCUUGGCUUCUUGGGCACUGACUGGAGCAGGCCGUAAUGAAAAACUAUGGCUCCAGGAGCCCCUCCUGCAAGCCCACCUCAGUCGUUUCCUGAGAGAUGGGAGCAGAUGGCACUGUGUCUACACAAUUCUACAGAAUUUGCUAGAGUAUAGUAAGUCUCUGUCAGGACUCGGUCCUGAUGGGGAGGCAGUCCUGCACCCACAGGACUGGGCUGCCCUUCAGGACAUAGUCCAAGUUCUCAAGCCCAUGGCAAUUGCUACCUCAACAUUUACCAAAGACCCCUUUUCCAGUCUCGCCCUUGUCAAGCCUGUGUUAACUAGCCUCCUCUACAAGCACUUGGUAGCCAGUGAGUGGGACUCUGCUCUGGCCCUUGAAGCCAAAGCAGCAGCUCGGAAAGAACUCAACCACCAUUUCUCCAGCCCUGAAGUAAACCAGGCCCUCAAUCUGGCCUGUGCUCUGGACCCCCGUUUUCAUGGUCUGGACUUCUUGAGCCAUUCUGAUCGGGUGGAAACUUUGCAGUUGCUCAAGGCCGAAGUCUCUCACUUGGCCGAGGCCCCUGCCUUCUUAACCUCCAGCCUGCCUGAUGUGGCUUCCUCAUCGCCCCCUUCCAAGCUGCCAAAGCAAGAUGCAGGCAUUGAAUUCCUGCUGGGAGAUCUUUGCAGCAUGCGUGGUGGCCCAGGAAUCAGCUCUGCCCAUCAGCAAGCUGAGCAGGAGACAGCCAGUUUCCAGACCAGCAAAGCAUCUGCCCUCGCUCAGGAACCCCUGCAGUGGUGGAAGACCCAUCACACCCAGUACCCAUUACUGGCCCGGGCAGCCCGCAAGCUCCUAGGAGUGCCUGCCACCUCCGUGCCUGCUGGCUGGCUCUUCAGCAGCACUGGAGAUGCCAUCCACACUAAGCGCCAAGCCCUGACACCAGAGCAUGUUGAUAUGCUUGUAUUCCUCCAUGGCAACCGUGCAAUGCUCUAUUAGAGUACACAAAGAAAGCAGGCUUGGGUGAGCAUCUAUCUGCAGGAUCCUAGAGUAUUCCACUACGAAAGACUGAAAUGGGAGAAAAGUUCCCAUGUGGCCAGUAUCUAUUUUCCUCUGCUUGGCUGGCCAAAAAGUCCAGAGGGCAACUACGGUCUGUGUGUUUUGGAGGAAGGGAAAUAGAACAAACCAUUUGGGGGGUUUUGUGGGGGAGGGGGAGGGAAAGUCCAUGAGCCAAACUAGGGCAGACCUCCUUGAAUUUCAUCAUCCAGGGAUCCAAAUACAGUUUCCAUCUACUCCCACCAGCAGAUUGGGAGCUAUGAAAAUACUAGUUCAAUGAAGUUGUAGAGCACCGGCUAAGAAGGCUGAUCUGGAAUAAAAGAAACAGCUGUGUCUUUUAGUAGGCUUUGUUGGGAGGGGGGAGGGGGGAAGGCCGAAUUAGAUCAUGUUGAAUCUUCCAGAGAAGUAGGAGGGCUGAUGUGCUGGAAUAUUCCAUAAAUGUGAGGGAAAUGAAUGUUUUUGAAAGUGUAUAGCUGUGUAUUAUAUACAGUAUACCUCGCCUCUCAGAGAAGAGAUUCCACAGGGGGUGGGAACAAACGAUGUAUGGGUCAGAAGGAGAGAUCAUUUGAGGAUAGAAAUGAUAUAUUAAGAGUAAGUGGGGACAUAAAAAGAGGAAUAGGAGUGGACUAGUCCAUGCCUACCAUAGAGAGACAGAGUCCUAACAGGGAAAAAGAUAAGAGUGGGGGGGAAUAAAUUGGUGUAGGGAGCUGAAAAUAAUGACAGCAGUGGUUCAGGGAAACAGAAGGAGGGCAUGGAAUAUUUCAAGAAUCAGACAUGUGGUUGGUGUCGAGGUGUUUUUGCUUUGCAGAACCAAGCCUUUUCUCUUACUAACUUGUGGAAUGAUGAUGGACAGCAUCAUUGAUGGAUGACUUCCCGGUACUGAGAUAUACUGCUUGCACUCUGGAUUCUGUGAAUAUAUGUAGCAUUCCUUUCUCUUCUCACCCAUCCCCCAAAAUCAAGAUACAGAGCCAAAAGAAGAAAAGAUGCUAGAAAAGUACAGUGAUUCCUCUGGCCGUCCUUCCAUUUGGGGGACAAUUGACCUUUAAAUCAAAAAAAACAUUAACCAUUUCUCUAUUUGAUUUAUUUAUACCCCGCCUUUAUUAUUUUUACAAAUAAUUCAAGUUGGCAAAUACAUCCAACUUCCUGUUUUCCCCACCACAAUAAGAACCCUGUGAGAUAAAUUGGGCUGAGAGAGUGAUUGUUCCAUUGUCCCAAGAUCACUCGGCGGCUUUCAUGGCCAAGACGGGACUAGAACUCACAGUCUCCCUCUUUCUAGCUUGGUGCCUUAACCACUAGACUUUUCAUUGCCUCUUGAUCAUGCCGUUCCCCCACGUAAGGCCUUCCUUAUUCUUCCUAUGUCAUACUCCCCUCCUGUUGGAACACAUUAAAAAGUUUAGGGUUAUCACAUGAAAGAGGAACAGCCGAAGACAGGUUUAUACAGGCAGGAUCCUUCCUCCUCUCCACUUUAAAACAAGUUUUAUUUAGUUUUAUUUGGGGAAGGGUGAGUAAUAAUUCAAAGAGCAACAAGAAAAUAAGACAUUUUAUUUUUAAAAA